AUGUCUUGCUACGACCUGUGUCCACCCACUCCCUGCGGCCCAACCCCGCUGGCGAAUAGCUGCAACGAGCCUUGUGUCAGGCAGUGCCAGGACUCAACAGUGGUGAUCCAGCCUUCUCCCGUGGUGGUGACCCUGCCCGGACCCAUCCUCAGCUCCUUCCCCCAGAACACCGCUGUGGGAUCCUCAGCAUCUGCAGCUGUCGGGAGCGCACUCAGUGCUGGAGGGGUCCCCAUCUCUUCUGGCAGCUCCUUGGGAUUUGGGAGCUUUGGCUAUUCAGGCCGGGGCAGUGGCUACAGCCGGCCCUAUCGUCGCUACAACACCUACCGCAGUGGCUUCUAUGGGCCGUGCUAA